AUGAGCAAAUUAGAUAGAGUCAGACAAUUGACCUUUGAUGACGUGCCCAAGGCCGCCAGAACCCUUUCGGAAGCGUUCGCCCAGGACGCCUUGGCCCGUCUUAUUACCUGUCAUAUUAAAGAUCCAAAACAGAAGGAUAAGGUUAACAUCUUGUUGUAUGAGGCCUACCUUAGACAGCACAUCGCCAAGGGCAUCUGCCUUGGUAUCGGUGAAACCGAUGACGCUUUUGAAACAGCUGCCAUCUGGGCCACUCCUAGCUCUGUUUCUGAUGGCCUAGAGAGCUUCCACACCAUGAUGACCGCUGGCUACGGCAAAUUGUGGGACGCUGCUGGCGCUGAAGGCCAGGAUAAGGUCUUCAAUGGCAUGUUGCCUCUUUUGCACGACACCUGUGCUAAGAUCUUCGCUACCGAUAGAAGAUUCAAGGGUAAAGGUGUCUACACUUUGGUGUACUUGGGCUCCAUUGCCGCCGCUAGAGGAAAGGGUAACGUUAGAACCAUGUUCGACUACAUGUACCAGAAGUACAUUGACUUGCCCAACUCCGAUAACCUUGCAUACUUGGAGAGCUCUUCUCCAGAUAACAUUCCAAUUUACAACAAAUUCGGCUUCCACUUCUACCAGAACAUUGCUUUGGGAGACAAAAACAAGCCCAGCGCCCAAGAAGGCGAAGAUUACGCUGUUAUGAACGUCAUGAUCAGGGGCCCUCAUGGUAAGGACUGGACUGGGUCCGCCACCCCCGACUCUGUACACAAAUUGUAG